AUGUCAUAUAGUAUAUAUGGACAAAAUGUGAUGGUAUUACAAUUGGUGAUGGGAAAAAGAUGCGAAGUUAUCUCGCAAAUAAAUUUCCAACUUGGUGAUAAGCUUAGAAUGGCGACUGAGAUAACUAGAGGAAAAAUGAUGAUCUCUAAUCUUGGACUAUCAAAAGAAUUAAAUGAGCCAACAUCUACAUCGUCAGGAGCUACAGAUUUUGGGCUACCAGCAGAAAGUCCAGUCGGAAGAACGCCGGCGACAUAUGUUAAACUGUAUCAACGAUGUUUGGAUAAUGAAGCUGGCAAAAGACCGAACAUUGAAGAGGCUUCUUAA